AUGCUCCAACAUUUCCGACUCGAAAGUACCGACGACAUGGCCUAUGCAAGUAACGGGCUAUUCGAUAUCACGGAGAAAGCGAUCAGACAAGACCUAGAAUACCGCCGAGCCGUCAGCAAACUCAACGAUCUCAAAGACAAAGCGUUUAGCUUUUACGUGGGAGAGCAGAACGCAAAGGCAUUUCAAGAUGUUCUCUCCGUCAUCGACUGUGGCGGGCCGGGAGAGCUUUGGACGCUAAGUCCGGUGUCCGACAUCUCAUCAGAGGAAAUGAUACGUGGACCAUUCUCUCCGACGAGAUAUAUCAAUUUCUUGAACGGGGAAGUGGAGACCCUUCCCAUCUUUGGCUCGCCUCUCGACGCGCCCAAUGGUUCCCGGACAUUGGCUAAGGACAUUCUUUUACCAGACUACGAGAAUGCGACACCACUCGCAUCGGUCUUCUCCUCAGUCAAUCCAGCUGAGCCAGUGGCUACGUCUCUUGCAUCCGUCACACGUACGGGGGUCAACGGAUAUUUUGUCGACAAGGGAUGGCUGCUUGGCUUCAUGCUUGUCAAUCUUCCGACUCCUCUUAUACAGUGCAAUGACGAAAGGAACUUACGGAGAGGGGUCCCGCGAAACGUUAUCGCCUCGUACCUCAACCCUGAAACCGAAGAAUACAAACUUUUCCUUAAGAUCUGGCCGUAUACCGACGGCGAAAAUAUCCGUCUUGCUGCAGUCGCCAUUACCCAAAUGAGAAACUCGGAGAGAUUUGUAGAGGACGUACGAACAAAGUGGAACCCCGACGUUCAACGACCGCUUCCCAUUCACCAAAGACUUUCUUCCCACUCAGAUCAUAGGCAUGGAAACCGUACGCUCUCUUAA